AGUAUCCUCACCUCAAUAAAUCCUCAAUCUCAUAUCGUCGAAAUCAAUAAAAUUUGUUUGUGAUUGUGAUAUCAAAAGAGAAGAAAGAAGGGAGAGAUGGAGGCCAUAGACUCAGUGUUCGAUCCACUCAGAGAAUUCGCCAAGGACAGCGUCCGCCUCGUCAAACGCUGCCACAAACCCGACCGCAAAGAGUUCACCAAGGUGGCGUUCCGUACGGCCAUCGGGUUCGUGGUUAUGGGGUUCGUUGGCUUCUUCGUCAAGCUCAUCUUCAUCCCCAUCAACAACAUCAUCGUUGGCUCCUCUUGAUGUCAGUCUAGAUUGCAGGGCUAACAUGAAGGAUGGAAGUUCUCAGUAGAGUAGUCACAGCACACGGGGAAGAGCAAAGAUCUGUAUUCUGUAUUUUUUAAUACAUUAUCUGAGUACAUUGUCUUCUUUUCAGAUUAGACUUUUGAGUUAAAUUGAGCUGGUUUAUAUUGCAAGUUUCAUUCCAAGUCUAUAACCCUUUAAUUUGUCAGGAUGGAAUACAAGUUUGUUGACUUGUCA